AUACUAUGGCGGCCGUGGCAAAAUAUUUGCCGUCUGCGUGCGAGAGUGAGUGAUCUCGUUGCGCGUACGAGGCUCGCGAGCGAGUUCCGCGAUCGGUAUACGGCACGCGCGCGCGCGCGCGUUCUCACACGGCCGCCGAUCCGCGAGCUGCGCCGGAGUACUCCCCCAGCCAGAGCCGGGCCGAGGGCAAACCGGGGCGCGCGGCAAACGUUUCGUGUGCGAAAUUCGCUUUUCCGCUUAGGCGCACCGCGACGUCCGCGACCCGCGACGACGACAAGCCGUCAGAGCGGCCCCGGCCCCGGCCCUGGCCCCCGAUGCGGGUCGCGCGCGCUCGUCUCAGGGCAAAUGAUGACUUCGAUGCUGCCCAGCUUUAACCCGCCUAUCGUCAAGCGGCUGCUGGGCUGGAAGAAGGCCGAGAGCGAGGACAAAUGGAGCGAGAAGGCCGUUAAGAGCCUGGUCAAGAAGCUCAAGAAGUCCGCGGGCCUCGAGGAGCUCGAGAAGGCCAUCACGACGCAGAGCUGCAACACCAAGUGCAUCACUAUACCUAGGCCUAGCCCGGGCGGUGUCGGCGACAACGGCGUUCAGGGUGUUCGCGGCAAGGGCGGUCUGCCGCACGUGAUUUACUGCCGACUCUGGCGCUGGCCGGACCUGCAGUCGCACCACGAGCUGAGGGCGAUCGAGCACUGCGAGUACGCCUUCACCCAGAAGUGCGACGAGGUCUGCGUGAACCCUUAUCAUUAUCAACGAAUACAAACGCCAGUUUUGCCGGCCAUUCUCGUGCCGCGGCACAACCUAGCCAGCGACGAGAACACCGUUCUCUAUAACACCUCCCUCGAGGAGCUCAGCGUCAGCGUGCCGGAGAACACGAGCUUCCACGCGACAUUGAAUCACCAGCACAAUCAGCAGCAGGGGAUACCGCAGUCCUCGCAACAGCAACAGCAGCAACAGCAGCAGCAGCAGCAGCAGCAACCAAAUAAUCCGUACCAAGGAAUGCAGAGCAUGCAGGCAACGAGUCCGGCGAGCGUCGGGAGUCUGGGAAGCGUGCAGGGCUCGCCUCAUCCCGCCCCAGGAUCCAUGGAUCCGCCAGCAGAUACGCCGCCGCCGGGCUACAUUAGCGAAGACGGCGACAAUAUGGACCACAACGAUAACAUGUCCCUGUCACGCUUGUCGCCUAGCCCUGUAGACGCGCAGCCGGUUAUGUAUUGCGAGCCCGCGUUUUGGUGUUCAAUUAGUUAUUACGAGUUAAACACGAGAGUGGGCGAAACGUUUCACGCGUCACAGCCGAGUAUAACCGUGGAUGGCUUCACCGAUCCAAGCAAUUCAGAGCGCUUCUGCCUCGGCUUGCUAUCCAAUGUGAAUCGCAACACGGUGGUCGAGCAGACUAGACGACACAUCGGCAAGGGUGUCAGGCUGUAUUACAUCGGUGGCGAGGUGUUCGCCGAGUGUUUGAGCGACUCUAGUAUCUUCGUGCAGAGUCCGAACUGCAAUCAGCGUUACGGCUGGCACCCGGCCACCGUUUGCAAAAUACCGCCAGGAUGCAAUCUGAAGAUCUUCAACAACCAGGAAUUCGCGGCGUUGCUAUCACAGUCGGUGUCGCAGGGCUUCGAAGCGGUGUACCAGUUGACGCGUAUGUGCACAAUCCGGAUGAGCUUCGUGAAGGGCUGGGGCGCGGAAUACCGCCGGCAGACGGUCACCUCGACUCCCUGCUGGAUCGAGCUGCAUUUAAACGGGCCGCUGCAGUGGCUCGACAGGGUACUCACACAGAUGGGCUCGCCCCGUCUACCCUGUUCCUCGAUGUCCUAAGUCUUUGCAUCCUCCAUCCGUUCGUUCGUGAGAGAAGAACACGUGAAAAUAUCAUCGUCGUCAUCGACAUCAUCGAUCGAUCGAUCCAUCCAUUUGUUUCUUCGUCGCGUACGGUAUGUGAAAGUUAAAUCCGUUGUUCAGAGUUCCCUCGAACGAACGCCGCCGCCGAGUGACGCAUGCAAGAAAAAGGUGACGUACGAUCAUUGCGCUCGAAGAUGCAGUCAGCAAUUGGAAGAGAAUGAUAGGCUCAGGCACAACGAUACCAAGUUUCCUUCGCGCUGAAAUCGCGGCAGUGGCUUUCUCGAAUUGUCCCGCGAUCGACCACAACGUGUGAAAUGCGUGAAGAUGCAAAAUUGAAACGGCGACUCGCUCGCGUGGCAGUAUAUAAAUAUUAUAGUAGAUAUAUUAAAGCUUGAUGUCCUACCACGAUUCGUUGUGAUCGAAAAGAGGAGACACGGUGACGCGCAAGGACGCGAACGAGACACGCGGAGCUUCGCCUCGACGCACUUGUAUCGCGCGCAUGUGCACCGCGUACAAGAUAUAUCCAGGGUGAUCAUAAUCCGAGUUUAGUCGAUUCGUAAUAAGAAACAAACAGAAAAUGAGAGAGAGAGAGAGAGAGAGAGAGAGAGAGAGAAAGGUAGAGAAAGAGAGAAAGAUAGAGAGUGAUAGAUAUUUAUAUAUAUAUUAUAUAUAUAUGUAUAUAUGUACCGCGCGUUAACAGAGCUCAGUCUUUUGCAUAUUUUUAUUGCUUAUUCAGGCAGACACAACUAUUACAGUCGUACUACAGUAUACGCCAAACCUUUACCAGAUAUAAUAUACAUUAUACAUAAUAUGUAUGUGUGUGUGUUGACUUUACUAGCUCGCUAUAGUGGGAGGAGUUUACACUUGAAUAUUCUAUAUCCACAUAAACACGGAAAACACAACAUACACACAAAAAACACACAUACACACACAC